UCCAAUCCUCCUCCUCCUCCUCCAUAUCAUCCUCCUCCUCUGCUCUCCUCCUCCUCCCCAGCAAGGCGAAGGCUGAAGAGCUCGGGCAGAUGGUGACGCCCCUGCAGGUGUGCUGCUGCCUCCCGCCACCGCCACCGCCACCGCCCGACGCCAAGAGCAGGGGCCACACAAGAGUCGCCCGAAGAGACUUUGUGCUCAGGAGCAGUGAGCUCGCCACGCUCGCCGCCAUCUUCCACUUCAGUGGCACCAAACCAAGCUACCUUGGCGUUCAGAAGAGUCAUCCAUCCCUUGCUCUGUGCCCUGCAACCAAUAACUGUGUUUCGACAUCAGAGGAAAUAAGUGAUUUGAAUCACUAUGCUCCCCCGUGGAACUACAAUCCCAAGGAUGGCCAGAGGGGUAAACCCAUAACCAAAGAGGAGGCCAUGAAAGAACUAAUUGAAGUCGUGGCGAAGACAAAGCCAGACAGCUUCACUCCUCGCAUUGUAGAUAAAACAGAUGAUUACAUCCGAGUUGAAUACGAGAGCCCUAUAUUUGGGUUUGUAGAUGAUGUGGAGUUCUGGUUCCCUCCUGGCAACAAACCACUCGUUCAGUAUCGUUCGGCGUCUCGAUCAGGAUUUAUCGACUUCAAUGCCAAUAAGAAGAGAGUAAAGGAGCUGAGAUUGGCAUUGGAAAAGAAGGGCUGGGCUUCAGAAAGCAACUUUUGAAUUGAAGGAAGAAGAAGGAUGGAAGAGGUGCAGGUGCAUGCUACUCAGACUCAGUGCAGGUGCAGGCGUGCAGCUGCUCGUCUCAUCCCAUUCAGAAUCAGACCAGAGACCAUCAGAGUCUUUGGUUGUAGCAGCACACCUGGAAGUGGGUGGGAUAGUAUCCCCUUUGGGUACUGCCCACGCAAAGGCAAAAGUUUAUCUUUAUUGUGAUGGUCCUCAGCCCUCGUCCUCACUCAGGUCAGCGCUUGGUCCUCGAGCUACCUGCUCUGAUUUCCGUCGGGGUCACUGUUGACUUCUUUUUGCUUAUUGUUAGUCCACUAGUAGAAUGCCUGAUUUAGCAGCACAACUGGAACUGGGAUAGUGUAUGUUUUAGAACGGAGGGAGCGUGUGCUUGUCAUCCACAUUCGUGCCCUAUUUCACGCAUUCGUGUCAUCAAUAUCAAUAUAUGUUAUUUCUUUGAAAUCUUAAUUUAUGCACCGUUUGAGGUUCAAAUCAUUGUAAUAAUCAGCAUAAAGUUAGGAGUAUAUAUUACCAA